CCGGCCGCCCGGCGGCCCAGGCGCACGGCAGGGCGGUGAGGCGGGCCGGGCCGCGCCGCGCGAGGCGGCGGUAGCGGCGGCCGCCGGCGGGCCAUGCUGCUAAAGCUCCUGCAGCGCCAAACCUAUACCUGCCUGUCACACAGGUAUGGGCCAUGCCUCUGCCUCGGGGGCCUCGUCCUCAUGAUCGUCUCCGCCCUGCAGUUCGGGGAGGUUGUCUUGGAGUGGAGUAGAGACCAGUAUCAUGUUAUGUUUGAUUCAUACAGAGACAACGUGGCUGGCAAAUCAUUUCAGAAUCGGCUUUGUUUACCCAUGCCAAUUGAUGUGGUAUACACCUGGGUGAAUGGCACAGAUGUUGAACUGAUCAAAGAAUUGCAACAGGUCAGAGAACAGAUGGAGGAAGAACAGAAAAUAAUGAGGGAAAUCCUUGGAAAGAAUGCAACGGAACCAACAAAGAAGAGUGAGAAGCAACUGGAGUGUUUGCUGACACACUGCAUCAAAGUGCCAAUGCUUGUCCUGGAUCCUGCGCUGCCGGCAAAUGCCACACUGAAAGACCUGCUGUCUAUUCAUCCUGCUUUGCAAGCUGCUAACAAUAUGUUCUUUGUAGCAAAACCAAAAAAUCCUUCUACCAAUGUGACAGUAAUUGUUUUUGAUAGUCCUAAGGAUGCUGAUGCUGCCCAUUCUGGAAUGUUAAAAGACAACAGCAAGCAGAUAGUAUGGAGGGGUUACUUGACUACAGACAAAGAAGUUCCAGGUCUAGUAUUAAUGCAAGACUUGGCCUUCCUUAGUGGAUUUCCAGCUACAUUCAAAGAAACAAAUCAGCUACGAACAAAACUACCAGAGAGCCUAACCUCUAAAGUAAAACUGUUGCAGCUCUAUUCAGAAGCCAGUGUUGCUCUCCUGCAACUGAAUAAUCCUAAGGGCUUCCAGGAACUGAGCAAGCAAGCAAAGAAGAACAUGACUAUAGAUGGAAAAGAACUGAUGCUUAAUCCUGCCUAUUUACUAUGGGACCUAAGCUCUGUCACUCAGUCUAAACAGGAUGAAGAUAUUUCUGCCAGCCGUUUUGAAGAUAAUGAGGAGCUGAGAUACUCAUUACGAUCAAUAGAGAGACAUGCCCCUUGGGUGCGACAUAUUUUCAUUGUCACUAAUGGGCAGAUCCCUUCUUGGCUUAACCUGGAUAAUCCUCGGAUAACCAUAGUGACACAUCAGGAAAUAUUUCAGAACGUGAGUCACUUACCUACCUUCAGUUCACCAGCUAUCGAAAGUCACAUUCAUCGUAUCAGUGGCCUCUCUCAGAAGUUUAUCUAUCUCAAUGAUGAUGUUAUGUUUGGGAAGGAUGUUUGGCCUGAUGAUUUUUACAGUCACUCUAAAGGUCAAAAGGUUUACUUGACUUGGCCUGUGCCAAACUGUGCUGAGGGAUGUCCUGGCUCAUGGAUUAAAGAUGGGUACUGUGAUAAAGCCUGUAAUAACUCGGCAUGUGAUUGGGAUGGAGGUGAUUGCAUUGGUAAUAGUGGGGGUAGUCGCUAUGUUGCUGGUGGAGGUGCAGUUGGAGGUAUCGGGAAUGGGCCACCAUGGCAGUUUGGUGCAGGAAUAAGUGGUGUUUCUUACUGUAACCAAGGCUGUGCUAAUUCCUGGCUAGCCGACAAAUUCUGUGAUCAGGCCUGCAAUGUUCUAUCCUGUGGAUUUGAUGCUGGUGACUGUGGCCAGGAUCAUUUUGAGGAGAUGUACAAGGUGACGCUUCAACUUAAUCAGACCUACUAUGUUAUUCCCAAAGGUGAAUGUCUGCCCUACUUCAGUUUCAGUGAAAUAGCCAAGAAAGGAACUGAGGGUUCAUACAGUGAUAAUCCAAUUAUCCGUCAUGCUUCAAUUGCUAACAAAUGGAAGACUAUUCACCUCAUAUUGCAUAGUGGCAUGAAUGCAACUGUGAUCUAUUUCAACCUUACCUUUCUGAACAAAAAUGAUGAAGAAUUGAAAAUGCAGUUAGCUGUUGAAGUUGAUACUAGAGAGGAACCAAAACUGAAUGCAACUUCCGUGCAAAAAUCCAACUCUGAUGUUAAAACUGUAACUUUGGUACCAGAAGCUGAACUGAUAUUUGAAGAUAUUCCUGAAGAAAAACGUUUUCCAAGAGUCAGGGAACGUCGAAAUGGCACAAAAGAGAAUCUACAUGAAGAGGUGAUAAUACCAUCAGUAAAUGUGUCUCUCCUUCCUGAAGAUGUUCAGCUAGCACUGCGGAGCCUGGACUUAAAACUCUUAAAUGGUGAUAUCACUCAGAAAGGAUUUAACCUAUCCAAGGCUACUCUCCUGAGACCUUUCCAGCUCUUAACUACAGCAAGGGGUAUUGUAGGUCUGGACAAGAAGGGCAUGCAUAAUGAUUUGGAUGCUCAGAAGAACUAUACCAGCUGGCAGAAUUCUUAUAAGGAUGCAAACAAUGGCAAGAUAAAAUCAAUAAAAGCAAAUGAAGAGGUUCCUUCAAAGCUUACAGGAACAAAGGGGACUGUUGUGACACUGAACACAAAUAAAGUAUUGAAUGCACUCAUGUUAAGGGAAACCCAGAAAUCGAAGCAAACUCGGAAUUUAGAUGCUGGAGAAGAUGCACAGGGAAUGGAAGGAGGAAAAGGCCAUGUGCCGGUGGAUACUAACAUAAGGGAGGCAUUAGUGGGGAGAAAAUUACAGUCUUAUGCUGGAAGCUACCAAGGUUUUUUGCCAUGGGAGAGAAAGAAGUAUUUCCAGGACCUUCUUGAUGAAGAAGAGUCAUUGCUCAAAGAAAUGUCAUACUUGACUGAUGGUAAACAUUUUGGAAGGCAGCUGAAAGAUACAUUUGCUGAUUCCCUUCGAUAUGUAAAUAAGCUUUUAAACAGCAAAUUUGGGUUUACGUCUCGAAAAGUCCCUGCGCACAUGCCUCACAUGAUUGACCGCACUGUUAUGCAAGAACUACAGGAUAUGUUUCCUGAGGAGUUUGACAAGACGUCGUUUCACAAAGUGCGGCACUCAGAAGAUAUGCAGUUUGCUUUUUCAUAUUUCUACUAUCUUAUGAGUGCAGUCCAACCACUGAACGUUUCUCAGAUCUUUGAUGAGGUUGACACGGACCAGUCGGGCAUUUUGUCUGACCGAGAGAUUCGCACCUUGGCUACGAGAAUCCAUGAACUACCUUUAAGUUUGCAGGAUUUGACAGGUCUAGAACAAAUGCUAAUAAAUUGCUCUAAAGCUCUUCCUGCCAACAUAACUCAGAUCCAUGUCAUUCCACCAACUCAGGAAGCAUAUUAUGAUCCCAAUCUGCCUCCAGUAACUAAAAACCUAGUGACCAAUUGCAAACCUGUGACUGACAGAAUCCGCAAGGCGUACAAAGACAAAAACAAAUACAGGUUUGAAAUCAUGGGAGAAGAGGAAAUUGCCUUCAAAAUGAUUCGCACAAAUGUUUCUCAUGUGGUUGGUCAGCUGGAUGACAUACGAAAAAAUCCCAGAAAAUUUGUUUGCCUGAAUGACAAUAUUGAUCACAGUCAUAAGGAUGCUCAGACAGUAAAAGCAGUGCUUAGAGAUUUUUAUGAAUCAAUGUUUCCAAUACCUUCCCAAUUUGAACUGCCAAGAGAAUAUCGGAAUCGUUUUCUUCACAUGCAUGAACUCCAAGAAUGGAGGGCAUAUAGAGACAAGCUGAAAUUCUGGACUCAUUGUGUUCUAGUAAUACUUAUUGUAUUUACAGUCAUCUCCUUUUUUGCCGAACAGGUUGGGUCCUUAAGUAACACUUUCCGUGGUCUGAUGAAGAGGGUGUAAUUCUUGAAAGUUAAUUGCACUUAAGCGAAAGAUUUUUCCAAGGCGAAGGAUCCAAAAGGAAGCUGGUCAUGAACAAAUCAAAGUGUAGAAGAGCUUUAUUUUGGAGAUUGUUCUACCUCAAGAUGUGAUAAGCAUUUAAAAUAUCUCUUAAGUGUCUUUUGUGGUUUUGACAUUUAACUGUGUUGAUAUGAAGAAGACAAAAAGAAUCAUGCAUCUACAGUUCGAAUCUCCACAGCACACUCUUCAUGGUACAUAAACUGCUGCAGCUGUGACAAUGCAAAACCACCAAGCAAACAGAAUUACAGGAAAUCUGUACAUAGGCAGAUUUCAACAGGUCUUACUUUUCAGCUAUUAGUUCAUGGCCAUGUUAUCCUUUUUUAUAAAAAGGGUUACCUGAAGAAAUGUAACUGCAUUUAUUGCAGUGGAUGUUGCCAACUAGAUAAAAUAUUGGAAGGCAAAGUUGUUUGGGAUCAGCUUAACAGGUCCUUGAUCUUGCAUUCCAAAACAUUUCGCAAAUUUUUGUCAUUGCUGCUUUUUUAGCCCUGUGGGAAAAUGGAGAAUUAUGUAACUUGUCAUGUAGAGUAGUAUACAUUUAUGGAUGUUGACAUUCUUCAAAGCAUAGGGACAAUUCAUAUCCAUAUCUGUAAUAUUUAAUUGGGAUUUUGAAAAAUUGGAUACUAGUAAAAAACAUACAGUAGCACAACAACUCGUGGUUAUAUGAAGGCUAUUUUAUAUCUGGUAUACUAUAUUCCAAAGAAUACAGUGCUGUUAUUUCUUGAUUUGAUUACAAAGAGAGGGUUGUAAUCAAAUGAAACUGAUGAAGGUAUGGCAUUUUACAAGCAUUGUAAAUAUAAAAGCAAAAGUGCCUCUCUGUCUGAAUGGGUAAUAAACUGCUUUUAGCAAUUUAUGGGAGCAGUGUUUCACUUCACGAAACAAUUCUUGUAAAGACACAAAGCUAUGGUGUUUUUAAAUUUAAAAGGGCUUGGCCCUGUAUUUUGCUGAGAUUCCAGAAUAGUGCAGUUUUCUGUGGGGAAAGGAUAACGAAUCUUUUCAAGCAGAAAUUUUUGAUGGUGUAUUUUCAAUGAAUUGUAUUAGCAGUAUCCAAAAAAGCAUUAAUUCUUGUAAUCGGAUCAUGUACAAAAUGCACGUGUAUCUGUAUUGUAAGGUAAUUGGUUUGCUUUGAAUUUAACUGAAAUGUGGUAACACUUGAUUGUUGGUUUUGUUUUCACGUGAACCAAAAUUCAGCCCUUUUGAUAAAUCAGCCACUAAUGAGACUGUUUAAAGUUCUUAUUUUUCUCUUAAAAAGUUUCCACGGU